AUGAGGCCACUCCUACUCCUGGGUUUUGUCUUGCCCAGUUUCCUGUGUGCCCAGCAAGCCUGUUCCCGUGGGGCCUGCUAUCCACCCGUUGGGGACCUGCUCAUUGGGAGGACCCGGUUUCUCCAUGCUUCAUCCACCUGUGGACUGACCAAGCCUGAGACCUACUGCACCCAGUAUGGCGAGUGGCGGAUGAAAUGUUGCAAGUGUGACUCCAGGUUGCCUCAUAAUUACAACGGCCACCGAGUGGAGAAUGUGGUUUCAUCCUCAGGCCCCAUGCGCUGGUGGCAGUCCCAGAAUGAUGUGAAUCCUGUCUCUCUGCAGUUGGACCUGGACAGGAGGUUCCAGCUUCAAGACAUCAUGAUGGAUUUUAAGGGGCCCUUGCCCGCCGGGAUGCUGAUUGAGCGGUCCGCAGACUUCGGCAACACCUGGCAGGUGUACCAGUACCUGGCUGCUGACUGCGCCUCCGUCUUCCCCCGGGUCCGUCAGGGCCAGCCUCAGAGCUGGCAGGAUGUUCGGUGCCAGUCCUUGCCCCAGAGGCCUAACGGGCAUCUGGACGGGGGGAAGGUUCAACUUAACAUCAUGGAUUUAGCAUCUGGGAUUCCAGCAACUCAAAGUCAAAAAAUUCAAGGUCAGUGUGGUAACUUCUCCCCACUGCGGGUGGGGAACAAAACUUGGAACUUGGGACUUGCCAUGGUUGCAUGCGACUGCAACGGGCACUCUGAGACCUGUCACUUCGACCCAACUGUGUUCGCCGCUAGCCAGGGGGUGCACGGAGGUGUGUGUGACCACUGCCGGGACCACACCGAGGGCAAGAACUGUGAGCGGUGUCAGCUGCACUAUUUCCGCAACCGGCGUCCUGGAGCUCCCAUUCAAGAGACCUGUAUCCCCUGCGAGUGUGAUCCCGAUGGGGCAGUGCCGGGCGUUCCCUGCGACCCAGUGACUGGGCAGUGCGUGUGCAAGGAGCAUGUGCAGGGGGAGCGCUGUGACCUGUGCAAGCCGGGAUUUACAGGACUCACCUAUGCUAACCCACAGGGCUGCCACCGCUGUGACUGCAACAUCCUGGGGUCUCGUCGGGACAUGCCGUGUGAUGAGGAGAGCGGGCACUGCCUGUGUCUGCCCCACGUGGUGGGCCCCAAAUGUGACCAGUGCGCUCCCUAUCACUGGAAGCUGGCCAGCGGUCGGGGCUGUGAGCCAUGUGCCUGUGACCCUCACAACUCCCUCAGCCCCCAGUGCAACCAGUUCACAGGGCAGUGCCCCUGUCGAGAAGGGUUCGGUGGCCUGACCUGCGACGCUGCAGCCCUCCGCCAGUGUCCUGACCGGACCUAUGGAGACACAGGCACAGGAUGCCGUGCCUGUGACUGUGACUUCCGGGGAACAGAGGGCCCAGGCUGUGACAAGGCCUCGGGCCGCUGCCUCUGCCGCCCUGGCUUGACCGGACCCCGCUGUGACCAAUGCCAACGAGGUUACUGUGACCGCUAUCCAGUGUGUGUGGCCUGCCACCCUUGCUUCCAGAGCUACGAUGCUGACCUCCGGGGGCAGGCUUUGCGCCUCAGCAGCCUGCGCAAUGCCACUGCCAGCCUGUGGCCAGGGCUGGGUCUGGAGGAUCCUGGCCUGACUGCCCGGAUCAUGGGUGCAAAGAGCAAGAUGGAGCAGAUCCAAGCAAUUCUCGCCAGUGCCUCGGUCACCGAGCAGGAGGUGUCCCAGGUGGCCAAUGCCAUUUUCUCCAUCAGGCGGACUCUCCAGGGCCUGCAGCCUGAUCUGGCCCUAGAGGAGGAGACCUUGUCCCUCCCGGGAGACCUGGAGAAUCUGGACAGAAGCUUCAAUCGCCUGCUCAUUAUAUAUCAGAGCAAGAAGGAACAGUUUGAAAGGAUAAGCAGUACGGAUCCUUUAGGGGCCUUCCGGGUGCUGACUGCAGCCUACCAGCGGUCCUCCCAGGCUGCUCAGCAGGUCUCCGACGGCUUCCACCUGCUCCUCCAGCUCAGGGACAGCCGGAGAGAGGCAGAGAGGCUGGAGGGGCAGGUGGGAGGAGGAACGGGAGCCGGAGGUCCCCAGCUCGCAGCUCUGAGCCUGGGGAUGGCUUCCUUGCCUGAUCUGAUGCCCACCAUCAACAAGCUCUGUGGGGGCUCCAGGCAGACGGCCUGUACCCCAGGAGUGUGCCCUGGAGAGCUGUGUCCCCGAGACAAUGGCACGGCAUGUGGCUCUCACUGCAGAGGCGUCCUCCCCAAAGCGGGUGGGGCCUUCUGGACUGCGGGCCAGGUGGCCAGGCAGCUGCAGGGUUUCAACACCCAGCUCCAGCAGACCAGGCAGAUGAUCAGGGCAGCAGAGGAGGCCGCCUCGAAGGUGCAGUCAGAUGCUCAGCGCCUGGAGACCCAGGUGAGCGCCAGCCGCUCCCAGAUGGAGGAAGAUGUCAGACGCACACGACGCCUCAUCCAGCAGGUCCGAGACUUCCUGUCAGACCCUGACACUGAUGCAGCCACCAUCCAGGAGGUCAGUGAGGCCGUGCUGGCCCUGUGGCUGCCCACAGACUCCGCCACCGUCCUGCGGAAGAUGAAUGAGAUCCAGGCCAUCGCAGCCAGGCUACCCAAUGUGGACCUGGUGCUGUCGCAGACCAAGAAGGACAUUGCUCGGGCUCGCAGGCUCCAGGCUGAGGCUGAGCAGGCCAGGAGCCGAGCCCACGUGGUGGAGGGCCAGGUGGAGGAUGUGGUGGGGAACCUGCGUCAGGGCACAGUGGCACUGCAGGAGGCUCAGGACACCAUGCAAGGCACCAGCCGCUCCCUUCGGCUUAUCCAGGAAAGGGUUGCUGAGGUUCAGCAGGUGCUGGGGCCAGCGGAAAGACUGGUGGCCGGCAUGACGGAGCAGCUGGGUGACUUUCGGGCACGGAUGGAGGCGCUCCGCCUGCAGGCUAGGCAGCAGCGGGCACAGGCAGCUCAGGCCCAGCAGCUCGCGGAAGGCGCUGAACAGCAGGCGCUGAGCGCCCAGGAGGGAUUUGAGAGAAUAAAGCAAAAAUAUGCUGAAUUGAAGGACCAGUUGGGUCGUAGCCCCAUGCUGGGGGAGCAGGGAAGCCGGAUCCUGAGCGUCAAGACAGAGGCAGAGGAGUUAUUUGGGGAGACCAUGGAGAUGAUGGACAGGAUGAAAGACAUGGAGUUGGAGCUGCUUCGGGGGAGCCAGGCCAUCGAGCUUUGCUCGGCAGACCUGACGGGGCUGGAGAAGCACGUGGAACAGAUCCGCGACCACAUCAAUGGGCGUGUGCUGUACUAUGCCACCUGUAAGUGA